AUGAGAUACAUCGCUGCUUACCUUCUUGCUAAGGCUGCCGGAAACGAGAAGCCAACACAGGAACAAGUUAAGAAGAUCCUUGAAGCCGCUGGUGUCGAAAUCGAUGCUGCCCAGUUAGAGGCUGUUGUCACAAAGAUGGCCGAAAAGCCAGUCGAAGAGCUCGUCGAAACAGGCAAGAACGAAAUGGGCAAGGUUGGCGGUGCUGCCCCAGCUGCUGCUGGUGCUGCUACAGCUGCUGCCGAAGCUCCAAAGGAAGAGGCUCCAAAGGAGGAAGAAGCUGCAGCACCACUCGAUCUUGGUGAUAUGUUCGACUUUUAA